AUGACCGAGGCCGAGACCAGAUACCCCCGAAUGGAAAAGCUGGCCCUCGCUUUAGUCACCUCGGCCCGAAGACUUAGGCCGUACUUCCAAGCGCACACCGUUGUAGUACUUACCAACUUGCCCCUGAAGAAUAUCUUCCAUAAGCCAGAAACAUCAGGGCGCCUGAUGAAGUGGGCAUUAGAGUUGAGUGAAUACGACAUCCAGUUCGGGCCCAAAACCGCGUUAAAAGGGCAGACGGUGGCAGACUUCAUCGUGGAGCUUACCCCACCAUCUCAGUCGACCGAGUCCGACCUCUCGUGGACGAUCUACGUUGAUGGAUCUUCCAAUGAGAGGGGGUACGGGGCAGGAAUCCUCUUGCUCGCACCAGGUGGUGAGCGAUUUGAGUAUGCUCUGCGAUUCAACUUCCGGACUUCAAAUAAUGAGGCUGAGUACGAAGCACUUCUGGCAGGCCUACGCGUUGCUAAAGGACUGGGGGCCAUCCACAUCAAGGUCUUUAGUGACUCCCAGUUGGUCGGAAAUCAGAUUAAGGAGGAGUAUCAAACAAAAGACCCCCGAAUGGAAAAAUAUCUGAGCAGAGUCAGAUCGCACCUCGCCCAGUUCGAGACUUACGAGGUGAGUCAAGUUCCACGGUCAGAAAAUUCCAAUGCUGAUGCCUUAGCCAAAUUGGCAUCAGCAUAUGAGACCGACCUGGCCAGAUCGGUCCCAGUCGAGAUUUUAGACAAUCCUUCAAUUUUGGACCCAGACGUGAUGGAGAUUGACAUUCCAUCACCCUCAUGGAUGGAUCCAAUUGUGGAGUUCAUCCAAGGAAAUCCGCCGCAAGAACUGAAGGAACAAAAGAAGAUGGCACGGAAAGCAGCUCGGUUCGUACUCCGAGAUGGAGCGUUGUACCGACGUGGCUUCUCCCUGCCCCUGCUUAAGUGUGUAACUCCUGAAGAAGGCCUUUACAUCCUUAGGGAAUUCCAUGAAGGAGUGUGUGGUAACCACUCAGGCGCUAGGUCGUUGUCGGCCAAGGUAGUUCGACAAGGGUACUAUUGGCCCACUGUUGAACAGGACGCAAAGCAGUUUGUAAAAACUUGCGAUAACUGCCAGCGUUCGUGA